CAUGAGAGAACUUUGCGAUAGGUUCAAGCUGAUAAGCCGAGUUCGAAGAUAACACAGCUACUUUUGGUUCAGUUGCAUUUUGAGUUCCGAGAUGAUUGCUACGUUGCUUUUAGUAUUCCCCCUGCUGUUUAUGCCGUCUGAUGCUACGUUGGGAACGCAGGUGAUCAGCUAUGACAACAAGCGGAUGCUUCAGCUGAUCGAGGACUUCAACGGCACCGUAACCGAGCAGCUCUUUCUGGUAGUGUCCACGUGGGGAAAACUGAAAGCCGACUACCCCAGGGAUGUGGCCAAAAUCGAGGAUUUGGAGGAGACGCUGCAGCAUGUGGUGUGCCGGAAGGAGAGAAACGUGACGGUUCGUCAUCACCUGCAGGGUUAUCUCAUCCGCGAACAGAUCCGCGAGCAUCUGGAGACCCUGAACAGCUCUGAUCUGUUCCAGCGAGCCCUGCAAUCCGAGGAUCAUGAGCUGGGCAAGUGGCAGUUGGCUUUAGGACAGCAUUCCCGGAAACUCCACUGUGUGCUUAAGCCAGACCAACUGACUAGGGUCCUGGAAGGAGUGAUUCGUCGGACGUACACCCUGGAGGGAUCCACCAGGCUGGCCGCGCUUCUCUACCAGCUGUACAUCGGCAAUCGGGAUUCCUAUGCUACAAUGGUCGAAGCCGAGUUGAUGCUUUACGAGCGAUAUAAAAGUGGGGGAAAGAAUAGCCAGGAAUUCAGCGGAUACAUGGCUAAACUCUGGCAAAGCAUCCAAAUUGAGGAGUUCUAUCCGGGGCUGGAUCAAAACACAAAGCAACGACUUGUUGACGCAAUUAUAGACCUUCUCCAGUUCCUCUAAGUCCAACCCAUUUAUGUGCGAACUUUAUUCGGUGAUUCGGUUUUGUAUAUUCGAGUGCUUUAAUACCUUGAUUUUAAGUGUGUGUUUCUGUUUGUCUAGCUGCUGAGAUAAUUACAUAGGUGAGGGCUUGUGUUCUUUACAUUAAAAUAUCAUGUUGUACAGAGACUAA